UCUGGCGCAGGCGUUAAAAUCAGACCAACGUGUUUUUUUACUCCGCCAUUAUGUUGACAAUAGUUUACUGAUUACACCGAUUAUUAUUAACAUUAAUUAACAAACUAAUUACGUUUUCUUAUUGUUAAUUAAUUAAAUUUAAUAAAACAGUAAUUGUUAUUUUUAAAAAUAUACAUAGUGUCAUUUAUAAACAAAAAAAAAACAACAAUAAAAAUUGGCUACUCAAAAUGAUUUACAAUCAAUAAAUUAAUAAUUAAUAAAUAUUAUAUACAAUUGACAGUUUUUUUUAAUUCAAAAAUUAUUUAUUAACAAACAAGAUGAGAUGAAUGAAAUCAGCUGUUCAAGGUAAUUAAAAUUUAGGACUUUGAAUUAUCCAGCGAGUAGAAUUGUGAAGGCCAUAUGUUUAUUAUUACAUGGACAAACUAAUACACCUGAAAAUUUAUGAUUGUAUUGGUGUUGUGGAAAUGUUUGUGUGAUAAAAAAUUAAAUACAUAAACGUCAGUCUGACUGUUGGGGCUUGGUGUGUUGUUUGGCUUCAAGUCUUCAAUUUAUAAAUUCAGUCUUUUUACAUUUUGGAGCUUGAUUUACAGUCAAAUUUUAACUACUACUACAAAAAUAAAUUUAUGAUAAAAAGACAACUGAUAACAAUAGAAAUUUAAUAUUAUUUAUAAAUAAAUAAAAAAAAAAUUACAAUGACUGGUGGAAGUAAUGGAGGAAGUGUUUUCACUUAUGAGACACUUGUCCAUGCUAUAUCCGGUGCUGCUGGAAGUGUCGUUGCAAUGGCAACAUUUUUUCCACUUGACACAGUACGCAGCCGACUCCAAUUGGAAGAAGGAAGACAGUCAAAAAAUACACUAGCAACAUUAAAAGAGUUGAUGUCUAAAGAAGGACCUUCAACAUUGUAUCGAGGAAUAGUGCCUGUACUUGAAAGUUUAUGUGCAAGUAAUUUCGUAUAUUUUUAUACAUUUCAUGGAAUGAAAUUACUACGAAGUUCUAGAAAUCAAACAGCAAAAAAUGAUCUUCUAGUUGCUUCAAUAGCUGGUUUUAUAAAUGUACUUGUAACAACACCACUUUGGGUUGUCAAUACAAGACUAAAGAUGAAAGGAAUAACUGAUAUUCAUGAGAGAAAUAAUAAUGAAUAUGAAACACUUCUUGAUGGAAUAAUUCACAUAUGGAAAUACGAAGGAAUUGGAAAAUUAUGGGCUGGUACAUUACCAAGUUUAAUACUCGUUGCAAAUCCAGCAAUUCAAUUUAUGACCUAUGAAAGUAUAAAAAGAAAAGUUAGUAGUUCACUUGGAGGUGCACAAACACCAGCAUGGAUUUUUUUUACAAUUGGUGCUAUUGCUAAAACUGUUGCAACUAUUUUAACUUAUCCACUUCAAUUGGUACAAACUAAAUUACGGCAUGGACAUAAUUAUGAAAAUCUUUCACCAAAUGCUGGAACAUUACAAAUUUUACUAUACAUAUUAAAAAAAAAUGGAAUUGGUGGUCUUUACAAAGGCAUGGAAGCAAAAUUACUUCAAACUGUUUUAACAGCAGCACUUAUGUUCCUUGCUUAUGAAAAAAUAUCAAGAUUUGUUUUUCGAAUUUUAUUGCAUCGACCAACUGUUCGAUAGGAGUAUUAAUAAAUUUAAUUUAAAAAAAAAAAAAGAAAAUAAUAAAAA